GAGACUCAUAUUACUGAAAUUGUGUAUUUUGAAGGACUUUUUACGUUAUGUAUAUUUACAGAGACGCAUAUAUGUUUUAUAUACAUGUCUCUGAUAUUAGUUAAGAAAAAUCGACAUAGGACGUAUUCGCUUUAGAUUGUACAUAAUUAACUAAACAGGAUAUAAACAGAUAUUUAUAAACUCACUUGCAGCUGUAUUAAUCUAUAUAAUUAACAAAACGUUCUCGAAAUGAAAAAAAAUCUGUGACAAUCAACGAUAUGACAAAUGACGCAGUGGAAACUAUUGACACGUGUGACAAAAUUGAAGAUAAAUUACACUAAUUUGUAGAAGAAAAAGUUAAAAGAAAUACAUUGGGAUCAAAAAUGCAGGUUAAAGAGGAGCCAACGGAACCAGAAUUUAAGUCAUGCCAAUAUGGAUCUUAUCAAAACAACAGGAGCUUGUACAAUACAAAUUGUACUGUUGAAAAUUUUAUGGGAAAGCCUGAAGUAUCAAACAUUCACUGUCAAAGACAAAUUGAAACCAAACACAACGAUUUGACAAUGUCUCAAAACACAUUACACACGUUACCAAAACACAGAGAAAUGUCACAUGCCUUGCCUAAACGAAUCGCACAAAUGCAGCAUAGACUGCAACAAGGUUCUGUAAAAAAGGGAAACUUAGCACAACCAAAACUCAGUAGAAUCAAACCGUAUGUGUAUCAUCAUUAUUCCAAACAAUCAUUUGAUAAUCAGAUAUCCACUGCAGAAAAAGAUCGAUUUCCAAAUUCUGACGACCGAAAUAUGGGAUAUAUGAACACACCACCAUCAAAUCCUAUGCAACACCAUCCAGGUAAUUUCAAUGAUAUUACAAAUGAAGGUUUUAAUGAUCCAAAAACAGUGAAUGAACAAGAAUCCGAACCAAUGGAGGGUUUGUUUGGAUGGACUUUAAUAGAUAAAGUAUAUAUUCCUUAUAUCUUUCGAGCAGAUAACAAAAGAUAUGUUUGUGUCCGUUUACUUGAACAAAAAAUAUUAAAAAAGUACCCAAACUUUUUCCCGAAAGAAUUGGCCAACAGGGAACCUUUAACAAGUUCCUUCAUCAAACCAAAUGAAUGUAGGGUUUUUAACCAAUUAUACCAAAUGCAAAAUAAAGGAAAAUCAGAAAUUCCUUUGUUUAAUCAAGAAGAUGUAGUAGUACACCUGUCAGAGUUCAUGGAUUUUUAUUCAGUGGUUCAAAAGGCAUACCCAGAUUGUUGUGAUUUGCCAUGUGAAAGCAACAAAAGAAAGCGCAAAUCAAUUGAAUCCGGAUGGCUGCAAAUUAACAACACAAUUAUCCCAUAUGUAUGCAGGUCGGAAAUAAAGUUUUUACCAAUAGCGGUGCUCAAACAUGCCGCUUCUAUUAAUGUGCCGUCAGAAGGUGUGCCACCUAAUGAAGACGAAUGUGAUGAGCUUAAUAGACGAUGUUCUGCAGAAGGUUUUAAAUUUACGUUUAAAGUAUCAACAAGAAUCGUUUCAAUAACCGAAAUCCAAGACUUUUGUGAUGUACAGGUGUACGAUCUUCCAGAGAAAGAUCCUUUACAUCAUGCCCAAUACUUGUCCUCGGAAGAACCUAUUACAGAAGGUUUAAAAAUCAAUACACAUCAAACGGACUUACCCAAUUCUUUCCCAGAAUUUUCUCCAGAAAAAUCUGCACCUUAUGCGGAGCACAUGGAAUACCAACAGGAAUAUAUGCAUCCACCAAUGACAUUUAGAUACAACAGAUUCCCAUCUAAUGUUAGAUUUGGAUCACCUAAUGUUACUAUUGUGCCACAAAACCGUGUUCCGAAUCCAUUCAAUGUUACAAGAAAUCCAAAUAUGAUCAACAAUACUCAAUUACAUCAUAACUCUUUGUAUACUUUUGAACAAAACACUCAAAUUACACCACCAAGGGCACAUACUGGACAGCCGAUUAUGCAGAAAACAAUUUUUAAUGCAUUUACACCAGGCCAGAACAUAAAUGUUAACUACGGAAUAAACAUUCAAAAUAUUACUCCAACGGCUCAAAGUAUCCCAGAAUCUAAUCAAGUGAAUUCUACUCAACAGAAAACUACAAAAUCGAGAGCUUUAGAUUUUGAUAAACAUAACGUAAUGCAAGUACAUUGUACUGCCCCGAAAGAAAUGGGUAUGUCUCCAAGCGGUGGCAACAUGAUAUUGACUUCAGAUUCUCGACAAUCAUCUUCUAAAUUUGGUAAUAGUUCUGCAAGUAAUUACAAUAUUUGUGAACAAACAUGUAGGUUGCCCGACCAACCUUACGACUUGACGAAGAACAUGUGCCAAACAAAUGCAAACUAUACAGAAUCAAUAGGAUGCAGAAAAACUGAACCAUCAAUGAUUAGGUCAGGAAAUAUGACGCAGUCUAAUUUAAAAACACCAGAUAAUAACAUACAAUUAGAAACCAGUUACCAAAUGAAGCAAAAGCAAGCAGUCAGAGAGUUCAUUUCAUGCAUCAAAGGCGUUUGGUUUGGUGGUAAAAAUAUUUCAUGUCUUCAUUUAAGCAAACCAGGGAGAUCUGGAAAGUUUUGUUUAGUUGAAGCAGUGUGCAAACUUUACUAUGGCAACACACAAGUAAGCGAAUUUCUGUUCACAAUUGAAAACGUGCUAUUAACUGUUACCUGCACCGAAUUAGAAGAGCAAGCUUUUAUAGAAUAUUAUCAAUUACCGGUUAAAGUUCUAAAAUGUAACAAGAUGAUAGAACUGACAGCGUUCGAAAAGCUGUUUCCCCAGCUUACUGAAGUUUUAAACGGAUAUUCUCCACAUUACAACCCUCAUCAAAAUACAAGAUGUCUUCUUCCUUUGCCAGAUGUAUCUUACAUGCCACAAUAUCUACGAAGAGGUAGAAGGUUUAAUACUCGUCCAGCUUUGAAUCAGAACGUUCCCGUAAUUAAAGAGAGUUUACCUAGCAGGGAAGACAAUGUCAUAAUUCUCGAUGAUAACGGACCAUAGUUACCUGCCAUUCCGGAAAGUUGAAGUGACGGGAAAGUCCAAAAUCAUGGAUGCCAAUCUUGCAGUACUUUAUCAUGUUUAUAGGAAAUUAAAUUAACUUUAACUAACUUCAAUAUAUGCUAGGAUUAGAUGAAAGAAUCAAAUAGAACAAACCAGGUUGUCUUCCGUCCGACAAUUCAAUAAGAAAUGUAAAACAAUACAUUUGUCUAGCAAUUAGAGUAUAACGCAUCCUCAUUUGAACAAAGACUUUUUAUACGGAAAUUUACAUCUCGCAGCUAUUCAAGAUGAAUAAACUAUACACAAUGGAAAAUAACAGAUAAAACAAUGGCGCAUUUCAAAAUAAUUAUAAUCUAUCCAGUUUAUACAUCUGUUAUUUGGCUUUUGCAAACACAGAUAUUAUAAAAAUUGAAAUAACAGUUAUGUGUUAGAAUUGUGUUAACAUUGUGUUACAAUUGUACACAUCAUCGCUUGAAAGUGCAAAUGUCUUUUUCAAUGUUGGAUAAUCAUGAGUAAUGGAGCUUGGACAUUGUUUCAAUUUUCCCUUUUUUUUUGUAUUUCCGUUGAAUCAUGUAUUUAAGUUGAGUCUUGGGCAUUAUUAUUUUUAAUGUGUGUAUGUUCUUUUUGUUUGAUAUUUUUUAUUUGCAUGUUUUUUUAUGAAUGAAUAAUUGUAACAAAUGUUGAAUUAAGCAAUACUUGCCUGUCUGUCAAUUUAUUGUUUUUUUAUAUUAAAAUAUUGUAAAUGUUAGCUAUGAUAUUUUUUGCUUUUGUUGUGCAUGUUUUAACAAUCUUUUGUUGGUAAUUGCAUUAAACAAACAAAUAAAUAAUGAA